UUCAUCUGUUACUCUGGUUUCUGCGCGCGGUUAUAGAGUCCGUGUGUGUGUGUGUGUGUGUGUGUUCAGCUCGAUGUGACUCUGCUUCUCAUCACCACAGUCACUUCCUGUUAGCUGAUAUGUUUCGGUGUUGGAUGACAAACCGGCGGUUGCCAUGGUGUCCAGAACGCCGCAGGAAUGCUUUUUGCUGUUGCUAGCGACUGACUCGGCCUGCUCCGCCCACGUGCUGCCGUGAGCCAAUCAGACUCAAUGGAGAACUCCUCCUACUGGUCACAGUGGGGGAACAGCAACUCGUUGGUGCUCAGGACCCUCUGGGUAACACCCACAGCACAGGUAACCCAGCAGGCAGUGGUGCAGGAGGCGGGGCAGGGUGCUGGUGGGCGUGUCCUGAGCGUGCCCCUGCAGGUGGUCUUCAGCGUGCUGAUAGUGUGCGUGUUGUUGUUGGCACUGUGUGGGAACGCGGUGGUGUGUGUGAUGGUGUACCGCCGCGCCGCCAUGCGCUCCGCCAUCAACUUCCUGCUAGCCAACCUCGCCUUCGCCGACAUGACGCUGGCGGUCACCGCCGUGCCCUUCGACCUUGUCACUGUGGUGACAACACAGUGGCCGUUUAGUGCCACUCUCUGCCGGGCGUCGGCCAUGUUCUUAUGGCUGUGCGUGUCAGUGGGCGUGGCUAUGCUGCUGGCGAUCAGCGUCGAUCGUUUCCUGAUCAUCGUGCGGAGACAGGACCGCCUCACGCCACACCGUGCCAAGAUCCUCAUCUCUGCCUCCUGGAUUGUCGCCUUCUUCCUGUCUUUCCCGCUGUUUCUCGAAUAUCCAUCGCAGCAGGUACCCCCCAGUGCACCGCAGUGCGUGCUUAGCUACUCCACCGAGGCCAGUUACCAUGGAUACGUGGUGAUCCUGGCCCUACUGAGCUUCUUCGUGCCGUUUGCCGUGAUGGCGUGCGCCUUUCUCGCGAUCCUGAGCUCCAUCAGGCACAACGUGCUUCGGAUCCGCUGUGACUCUGCCCUUUCCUUGUCUAAGCCCCACCCCCUUCACCUAAGCGUGGAUGUUGGCUUUAAGACACGAGCCUUCUUCACCAUCCUGCUGCUGUUUGUGCUGGCGUUCGCCUCACUGGCGCCCCUGGUGGUGUUCAGCCUGUGCGCAGCGUUCAGCAGUGCCGUGUAUAAUGGGCCGGAGUUUUUCCAGUUGAGUACCUGGCUACUGAUCCUCAGCUUCCUGCGCCCCGCCCUCAACCCCCUCAUAUACUACUGCCGCAUCAGGAAGUUCCGCCACGCCUGUGCACGCUGGGUGCCCUUCCUCUGCAGGCUCCGCCCACCUCUGCCCCGCCAGGCCCAGCGCAAAAUGAGGCCUAGCGUCGUGUACGCCUGCAGUGACGAUCGCUCCAGCAUCUAACACACACACACACACCAAAUACACCUUUAAUGUGCCUGUAAUUCAUUUCUGAUGUGUGUGUAUGUUAGACUGUGUGUAAUUUGUAAAAAAAAAGUCCAGAUUUCAUUUCUAAAAUCAUGUUUGUGUUUCCUCACACUGUGCUGCAUUUCUCUCUCUCUCACACACACACACACACACACACAUUUGGGUGAUUUGUGUUUCAGAUUAAGGUGUAAAUAUUUUGCGGAUGUGGACGUUAAGGAAUAUAGGUUCCCCCUGACUGUUGAUGAUGUCAUAAGGGGCUAAAAAACAACUGAUCAAUCAGCAGCUUUGUUUUAAACUCUUUAUUAAUAAAAUAUGAUGUGCCUUAUUGAAACCUUUUUACUUCCACCAAUCAGCUCAGAGAUUCGCUCUGUUCACGAA